AUGAGCUCGCACACGUCGUCGGGGGUGCGGGUAGAAGAUGCCCUCGACCUGGGCAGCGACAAGGCCUCUCUGGAGCAGAGAAUAGAGCUCGUCUGGGAGGACAUGCGCCUGAUCCCAACAACUCCUCCGCCAGCGGAACACGACAAGGGCUACCCAGGCAACUCCGAAGACGACGACGAUGACGAUGACGAUUCCGACGACUUUGCAACUGUGUCGGUGGAAAUGGACGAAGCAGAACCGGCCGACAUCAUCGUCGACUGCCCUCUAUGGCGGGAUCUGCCCGAUGGCCUGAUGGACAAUCUGCUCGCAAGCGCCAGAGAUGCCAUCAAUCACUUUGAGCUGCUGAAAAAGGUGCUCGACGAUCUCUUUACCUGCAAGAUCCCGCCUGGAAUCGCCGAUGAAUGCAAUGCUCGUCGCAUCGUCUCCACCGCUGCAGACACUCUCUGUAGGCUCCCCGGUUGCUCAACGCAGCUCUUUGACGAUACGGACUUGUUCUAUGCUUCCAAUGGUGAUCAAGCGGCAUCCCAAGGAGAAUACCUCGUCAGCAUGCCGCCGUCAACGUCUCAAAGACAGGAUCAUCACAGUACAAGAGGUUGGGCGAGCUACAAGGUAACGACGCGGUUCGACAACAACACGAUACGCCUCGCCUUGCUGGUGGCGUAUCUCGAUCAAACGACGCACCCUGCGGCAUCAAACGCCAUGCAAGGAUACGUCAAUCUCCUUUCAAGGCUCCUCGAAUCCCUCUCCAAAUCACACCAAUCGUUCGACUUUGAAACAUCUUCUUCCCACCAACCCACCGCCUACCGGAUCACAAUGGCUUACCUCUGGACCGCAUGGCAGCGCUCACUCCUGCUCUUCUCCUACUACGUCUUCGGGACCCGUCUCCUCCAGCAAGUAAAUGCCUGCUUCCUCAACAGCCGCCCGUUCCAGGACACGCCUGUCGAUCCGGACAUUGACUUCAGCGCCCUCGGGACAUCGUUGCAGAGCGACGCUCAGGGGGCGCGUCUGGGAUGCGACUAUGUCUGUCGGUACUCGUUUGAACUGCUCCGGAGCAGCGCCCUUUCCGGCACGCAAGACUAUCGAACACUCUUUUCACGCUUCAACGAGCUCUUUGCCGCCAGAGACGCGCGAUGCCGCCAGGCGAGCAACGGCACAUGGACUCCUUGCGACGGAAAGUCCUGGAAGACCUGCGGACGCUUCUUCGGGCUCGAGAUCCCAGACCAGUCCGCCCACGACAUCAGCUGCAAGAGAAACACAUGCAGCCAACUGCCAUGGGAUGAAGAGUCCUACCGCGGCGUCCAAGGCCCGCGCAGCAUAUCUCUCUCCUCCACCCCCAAGGGCGGACCCCUGAAAUACCGCAAGGCGUCGGGUCGAACGCUGGCCGUGUCCCACGUCUGGAGCCACGGCCAGGGCGGCAAUCCCGACCAAGGCUUCAACGAGUGCCUCCACGAUCGCUAUGCUGCCAUUGCGCGGCCCUCAUCAGUCGCCGACGGCGCUGUGGAAGAGCAGACAAGGCACAUGGGUCAAGACGGGCUUCCUCAUGUCGAGCUGCGAUCGCAUCGCCGAUGCUCCUCGUGGCUACGGCUGGGCGCCCGCCACACCGCAGGUCCUCGGUCCGUACACGUCCUCGCGCACAUCCGAUGCUCCUCUCUUCUGGCCCUACGACGGCUCGGGCACAGACGCGGCCAGGAUCAUGACGCUCGGCACAGGCAAGGCGACGACGACGUGCCUUCGCGGGAAGUGGCUCGCGCACGUCUAUUCGCCGUCUGA